AUGUCCCUCCUUGCGCUGCUCGUCCUCGCCGCCGUCUCCCCCGCGGCGGUCACCGGCGCCGGAGACGACGACAAGUCCGCCUGCCCCGGAGCGCCCUCCAUGGCCGUCGAGGCGGCCUGCCGCACGGCGUGCGGCACGCAGGCGAUGUACGACAUGUGCAAGGACGAGCUCGCCGCCGCCGUCCCCGAUCCGCUGAGGGACCGCGACGUGACCGUCUACGCGGUCGCCGGCGAGAAGGGCGCGCUGGCGUCUGUGGGCGCCACCCAGGACGCCGCCAUCAGGCUGCUGCUCCGCAACUCGUCGCUGUCCGGCGAGGAGAGGGACGCCUACGUGGAGUGCGUAGAGGCGUACACGACGGCGGAGCACGCCAUGGGCAACGUCCUCGACAAGCUCGGCGUCUGCAGCCGCGACGGCCUCGCCGCCGACUACAAGGACGGGCUCCUCGACAUCGAGAGCUGCCGGGACCGGGUGCUGAAGCUGCCGGCGUCGCCACUGUACGCCAUGGUUCUCGUCGACCGGAACAAGGCGGCGCUAGCUUUCUUCCUCGGCGAAUUGUUGGGCAUAUGACUCCCCGUGUGCGUGCGUUUUGCAAAUUUCAGUCGAAUCUUUUGUAUCACCUUGUUUUUUAAAUAUAAUACUCAUGAUAUGAU